AUGCCGCACCAGACGCGGAGCUCGAGUCGCCUCACCGACGGGCUGACGAGUCGCUCGUCAAGCGAUGAGGAUUCCAAGACAGCUGUCAAAGUUGCUGUCCGCGUGCGACCACCCCUCUCCCCCACCGACCCCGGCUUCGACUUGAUUCCCCAGCGCUUUCGAGAGAGCACCUGCGCCGUGCCCACCCCCACCAGCCUGUCGGUGCAGUCACCGCAGGGCAAGAGAUUGUUCAUCCUCGACCGCGUAUUCGACGAGCAAACCACACAGCAAGGCGUCUGGGACUACCUCAGCGACAGCGUCUCGUCGUUUGUGAAGGGGUACAAUGUGUCCAUCCUCGCCUAUGGCCAGUCCGGCUCCGGCAAAUCCUACACAAUGGGUACCUCUGGCCCGGAAGAUCAGGCAGACUCCCAGAUCAUGGGCAUCGUCCCCCGAGCUGCGCAAGCCUUGUUCACCGCGCUGAAUGGCGCCUCCCUACCCAAGACGGGCCUCCAAACACCCAAGCGAUACUCCACUCAGGUGUUACCGACUUACGCUUCGCUGGCCAAAGCAAGCAACGCAGAUCGCAACUGGACGUUGAAGGCGACAUAUGUCGAGAUAUACCAGGAGCAACUGCGAGACUUACUCGUCCCCGAAUCCGUUCCCGUCCCCGACCGCGCCCCUGUGGCUAUUCGAGAAGACACCAAGGGUCGCAUUCUCGUCACUGGCCUCACUCAGGUCACCAUCAACUCGGUGGAAGAUCUCCUUCGCGCCCUGAACUUUGGCUCGGCCAUCAGACAAACCGAUGCCACCAACAUCAAUGCCCGCUCUUCACGAUCCCACGCCGUCUUUAGCUUGAACCUCGUCCAGAAGAAGAGCGACACUCCUCUGACGCCGCGGCGAGAGAAGCGCUUCUCCACCCCCGUCGAGCCCCUGUCCACCGCGGAAGAUUUCAUCACCCUGGACAGCAAGCUGCAUUUCGUCGACUUGGCGGGCAGUGAGCGGCUGAAAAAUACGGGCGCCACCGGUGAUCGGGCGAAAGAAGGCAUUUCCAUUAACGCUGGGCUUGCAAGUCUCGGAAAGGUCAUCUCACAACUCUCCUCCCGCAAUACACACGCACACAUCUCCUAUCGCGAUUCCAAACUCACCCGGCUGCUGCAAGAUUCGCUCGGCGGGAAUGCAAUUACGUUCAUGGUUGCCUGCGUCACACCGGCCGUCUUCCAUCUCAGCGAGACGCUGAACACGGUGCAUUAUGCGCAACGUGCCCGCGCCAUCCAGACCAAACCCGAGAUCCAGGAGAGCCGGGACGAGAGCGACAAGCAAGCUGCCAUCGACCGACUACGAGCCGAGGUUUCAUUCCUCCGUGACCAAAUUAGGCACUUGGAUCAUGCGGAAGGGAAAGGUGCGGACGGUCGAGUGCGGCUCGACAAGCAGCAGCGCGGUCAGGAAGCGGAUCUGGAAACCCAGCUCCUGGACAUGCAGGAGAAUUACAACACCCUCAGCAACAGGCACGCCAAAUUGAUCGCCGAACUCUCUGAAGCGCGCGCUGGCGAAUUCUCUGAGACGCCGCUUGCGAAUGGUGCCGUGGGCGAGAAUGCCAUGGAACGCGUGAAGAGGUCGAGCUCGUUCGCCGAGGCCGUUGAAAUGAUGGUUCUCGAGUAUGAGAAGACCAUCCAGAGCCUGGAGACAUCUCUCUCGAAGACCCGCGGCUCGCUGUCGAGCUCCGAGAGCACUCUCAUGGAGAGGGAAACCCGUAUUGCAUACAUGGAAACCAUCCAGCAACACCUCCAAGGGCGUUUGCAGAAGAUGAUGGAUCGCGAGCAGAGCAGCGAGGCAUAUGUCCACGAUCUCGAGAUGCGGAUGCAAGGCUCGAGCACGGGCGAGGAAGCGAACGCCGCCUUGAUCAGCGAGCUGCGCAAGGAACUUGCUCGCGUGCGCGAGAGCGAGGCCAGCAACGAAGACUACAUCUCAACUCUGGAAGAAAGACUUGCAGAGGCCGAGCAAGACCAGGAGAUCAUGCAGCGCGAGAUCGACCGGCUGGAGCACGUCGUGGAGAGGCAGCGUAGCAUCGGCAGACUCGACAAUCUGCUGGGCGAGUUAGAUGUGGGUCACAACGAAAAUGGCCGAGGGGUCAAUGGGCACGUGCUCACGAUGAAUGGUCAUCAUGAGAAUGAAGAUCCGUUCACGGAACGCACCAGAUCUCUCUCCAGUACUGCUGCGACGCAAGAAGAGCUUUUCGAGGAUGGUGGAUCUGAUUACGGGGUGUUGGGAGCAACGCCGAAGGAGAACAAAAUGACAUCCGCCACGGAAGAUGCCAUGCGACAGUCACGCACGCUGACGGAAGCGCACAAUGCCGCUCAGGACGAUUUCAUGGCGGACAAAGUUGAGAACCUCACGCAAGAGCUGUUCGAUCUCCGCUCGGACCACGAAAACGUGAUGAUUGACUACGACAAGCUUCAGCAGAAGUACCAAACGGCGCUUGAGACCUUGGCCAAAUUGGAAUACGACAAAGAGACACGCAAGAUGGAUGACGCUCAAGCACCGGGUGGAGUGACUUCUUUUUUAGCCGACGCGGGGAUGGAGAGAGAGGAGAAGGCAGAAGGACAGCCUUCAUCCUCGCGAUCGUUGUUGGAGGAGUUGUCCUCGCGGCCAUUAUUGAGGUCGUCGUACGAAGAUCUCGCGGACAGAUCGAGCAAUGACCUAUUGCAGACUACGGGAGAUGCAGAAGGGGACGCUGCGGCCGUCCCGCUCCCUCACGAUGAAGAAGACCGGCAGGUCGAAUUGGAGACGCUACGGCAGCUGAAGUCAGAGCACGAGAGCACCAUUUCCGAGCUGACUGCCAACUACACUUCGCUACACUCCCGUCACGAGGACACAGUCGCUCACGUCGAAGAUUUGAAACAGGAACUCGCAAAGGCGCAACGUUCAACUCCCCCGAACUACCGACAAUCCUUCUUCAACCGCAAGUCGGUAGACUUGUUCGCUCUCCAUGGCGAUCGGGCCACCAAGUCGAUAACGUCUUUGCGCAUCGUCGGACAAGACAACCUUGAGCCCUCGACUGACGCCCGGCAAACCUUCGACACGCAUCUGAACACCGUCAUGAACGAGCUGAACAGUCGCACUGACGCGCUUCACGCUCUUGAAGCAGAGCUGACAUCCGUCAAGAAGGAUAUGGAGUCGAAGCAGACUAUCAUCGCUGGACUCACUCGAGAGCGAGGGAGUCUCAAAGCAUCCCUGGGCGUGGAUUUCUCCGUUGUCAGCCAGAUGCGCGAGCAGCUGCUGGAGGGUGAGAAUCGCAUCCGGACGAUCCAAGAACAAAACUCCGUGCGAGAGAAGGAGCUGCAAGAACAGGUGCACCAACUCCAGGCGAGCCUCGCCCAACAGCUGAAUCAACUUCCUACGCCCAACGAGGAGAAAUCACUUGGCAUGCCCGGUGCUUUCAUGGUGACGCCGAACCUGGAAGUCCACGAAGAUCAAGCCAUGGGCGGCGCCUCGCGCCAGUCCCAACCUCAUUCUGAAGAACUCGCCAAAUUGCAGGCAGAACUAGAAGCCUGGGAGGAGAAACACCGCACUACAGUCGAACACAUGCAUAGCUCCGAAUCGAGGCUGAUCAACACAAUCACUCAACUGGAGGCUUCGGUGCGUGAGCUGCAGAGCGCCAAAGCACAGACUUCAAGCCCACGAUCCUUCAGUUCCAGAUCACCAUCCAGCGAGACGAACGGCGAAGCAACGGCAGUGAUGGCUGUGGCGGGAGAGCGCAUAAAGCACCAAGAGAUCGUGCAUGCUCUUGAACGACAAGUCGAGGAGUACAAAGCCACGGCUGCUAGCCAUGAGACGAAGCUCGCGCAGCUCGAAACUUCCUACACCACCAUCCUGAAGCAGGUCGAAGGGGAUGCGCAAGCGCGCGACUUGGACUCACAAGAACUCAAGACGCACAAAGACCUCGUCGCCAAUCUCGAAAACCAGUUGCAAGUUCACAAGUCGGCCAUCACCAUUCAUCAGGAGAGUUUGGAGUCCUUGCAAGCAUCCCAUACCAAGGAGUUGGACGACUUGAGGACGGCUAUGGCGUCUGCCGAGAACCGAUCAGCGGAGCGAUAUGCGGACCUGGAGGCGCAACACAGUCAGGCGACACAGGACUUGCAGGCCCAACUUGUUACUGCGCAGAACGAGCAUGCAGAUUUGCUUCGUAGCGCAUCAUCUGCGCUGGGCUACUGGACCGAUCCAUCCCAAGUGCACGCGAAGAUCAAAGGUUUGGUCGAGGAAGGCAAAGACCUGCAUACCCGACACUUGAAAACCACCAGCGAAUUGAAGAGUGUCCAGGAGGAAUUGCAGAUCGCGCUCAACAAGCACGUCGACCUCGAGGGCAAGAUUGGCGAGUUGACGCAGGUGAACGCCGAGUCGAUUCGCGAGCUGGAUCGGGCUAUGGAGAAGGAAAAGAAGAGCUCUCGCCUUGUCGACGAGCUCGAGGAACAGCUGAAUCGUAGCUUCGAUUCCAGUCAUGCCUCGAAUCAACGCUCCAGUCAUAUUCACGGCGAAUUGGAGCAGCAGCUACAGUCGGAGAAGAGGAAGACGCUGGCGCUCGAGAUCGAGACAUUGCACCGGCAGUCCAACCACUCGAACGGCUCGGGUGGCAGGGAGUCGCUGUUGCCCGACGCCCUGGGACGGAACGGAUCAGGAGCAUCCCAAGGCCGUAAACCAAACGGCACGACCGGGCUGCCCACACCACCCCCUUCCAUUCCGCUGCCGCCGCUUCCGUCCUCGCCGACCAGUGCAGUGAUGCCGAGUAGUCUCGAUGGCCGAGCCGCUUCCCCUCCGUUACAGCGCGGCUCUCCAGUGACCAACAACUCCCCACCCGGCUCCCGACACACUUCGAAUGAAGUUCCGCGCGCCGCCGCACAGCAGAUAGAGGAACAAGAGACGCGCAUCCGCACCAUCGAAAAGCACCUCUACGCCGAGAAGCAACUGACCGCCACGCUGGAAGAGGCGCUGGUGGAUCUGGAGACGAGCGCGAACCGCACCAAGGUGGAGAUGGAGAGCUGGCGCAAGAAGUACAGCGCGCUGGAGGAGGAGCUGAGUGGGUUGAGGAAGCAGCGCACCGAAUCGCGCGCGAGUCUGCAAAAGGUGGAGGAGGAGAGGGAGAUGAGGGUGCGGGCGGAGAAGGCGAAACAGGCGCUCGAGGAGCGGAUGCGGGAGUUGAAUUCGUCGAAGAAAAAGAAGAAGAAUACGCUGAAUUGCUUCUAA